AUGGCGCUGAGUAUCACCUCCCUCAAAUACCACAUCACGAUAAAUCAUCAACCAUUUUCAAUCCCCCGCUCUCCCGCGCCGCCGGGGCCGUCACUUCCGUUGGGGCAGGAAAAGGUCCGCUUCGGAGCAGACGGUCGGUCGCAGUUAGUCUCCCUUGAUGCCCAGAGGGUCGUCAAGUUGUGGGAUAUCGGCGGCGGGAGGGAUGCGGCGACUGCGACGGCGGCGGCGGCGGCGCAAGGGCAUCAAGGACACGGCACGAAAGCAGCCGCGCGAGAGUUUCUGCCCGAGCUGAGGGGGGGCGGCGGGGCCUUCAGCAAGUUCCAGCCGCUGCCGCUCGUAGCCAGGUGGGCCAUCCGGCAUGGUGACCUGGAACGGCCUUUGCUGGAUGCCGCCACCGCCUCUUGGCUCGACAACACCGGCAACACCGGUGCCGCUGCCGACACCAAGAGAAAGAGCGAUAGAAACAACGACAAGAAGAGGGUUCUUCUGAGAGGGAGGGGGCGCGAAGAGGAUGCGGGAACUGCGAGCGCUAGCACUCUGCCGUCGGUGGGCGGGUCGUCAGAGACAGCACGUGCUACCGCUGCGGGAAAAGGAGAUGGCGGGUCAUGGUCCUACUCGAUGAAGAGGGACAUGCGCGCUACGACUGUCGCGUUCCACGCGACCAUGACCGCCUUCGGAGAGCAGCUCUCUGUAGUCGUCGCCACGGCGGGGGGUAGCCUGGUCAAGUGCAACGCGGACGCGUGGCCGGUGGGGUUGGCGGCGGGCGGCGAUGGGGGGGAUGGCGGAAGGGACGGAGUCGUGGCGUAUGGCAGGUGCUUGGUGCCCGUCGAGCCUGGCAACCGCGGCGCCCCUCACGAGGCUACGGUGCUAAGGAGCACCGCUAGCGCAGACCGGGAGGGCAGCGAAGGCAUCCUUGGCGGCUGCAACUCCGUGCGGCGAGAGUUUUUUGAGAGACAUCGGCACUCAGUAAUAUUCGUCGGCUUCAAGGACCACGUUUCCUUGACGAUGGUCACUCUCGACGUGUCGGGGCUUUUGUGUGUGUGGCCCUACAGCGCCGACGCCUUUUCGGGGUUCGGGUGGUACACACCGUCCAAGGAGGUAGUGGUGGACGUGACGCUUCACUCCUACAGGCUAGAAAGCAACAGAGUAGCCAGGAGGGGCGAACGCGGCGCCGGCGGUGGAGGCGGCGGGGGCGGCGGUGGACCGGAGUUUAUUUUCAACAGAGCGCUUCCUCCGGACUACUCGGAGACUGGAAACCCCCGUGAGGCGUUGGCCGAGCUAAGAACUGGCGGGGGCUAUAGGCUUUCGUCGACCGAACGUACCGCAGGCCGCGGCCGCGCGGAGACGUACAUCGGUCCGCCAGACAGUGGUAGUGACAGCCGAGGUGGCGCCGCGGUUUUUCGGGCGAUCGUGGCAAGGUACGACGAGGAAGGGGAGCUCAAGUCGGCGACUAGGUUGAGGGCUCUGGAAUGCGCUCGGGAGGGGAUGAUCACGGACGCUAAGCUCACAGCGUCCGGAGGGGAGCUCGCUGUCGUCGCGUCCUACCUACCCCUGGCCAGCGGCAGCUGCGGUUCUGGUGCCGGCGGUUCUAGCCCCACCGGUAGCGGCGACGGUACAUCGGGGAGUGAGGAGGUACCGCAGUUUACGGCGAUGGUCUUCCUUGUGAACCUUGAGUCGAUGCAACUGCUACCGCAGCAUGUGAGACACGAGUGGCCUAUGACAAGCGGUAGCACCGGUGGUUUUCCGUCCCCGGCGUUCGCGGUGUCCCCCGUGCUGGACGCGACCGGAUCAGACUAUGUGUACCUGGCCAUCGAAGACUCGGUGCGGAUAUUUUCGCUGGAGACGGGCUUCGAGGUGACGUUGCAAGAAGGGGGGCGGCUGUCGACGAAAAUCGGCCGCAGUCCUGGCGACGGCGGCACCAGAGGCGGCAACGGUACCGCCGCUGCUACCGCAUCUGCUGGCCCCACGGCGCCCAUCGUGGCGGCGGAGGUAGCCUCGGACAACGGAACACUCGCUGUUGCGUGUGCUGAAUCAGAUGCUACACCGUGGGAAAUGAGGGUCCACCUAAGCACACCCUUUGCGAUGGGCAGCGACGAGGGUUUCAGCCACCGGGACCAAAUUCGCCGUGUGAUCGUGGGCGGCAUUGUAGAGGCCGCCAUCGUUCUCUCCGAACAAAACCGGACAGCGAAGGAGCUACUCAUAGAGCCGAUCGAGGGGAUGGGCGGCCAAUCUUCAGCACCGGUUGGAUUGGGUGCGGGUGGGCGUGUUAGCCUCCGAGAUCUCUUGGGAAAACCUCCGUACGGGACGGUCUAAAAGCGUGGUGUGUAAGGCAUUGUGCGAUUAUUGGCUCCCUGUAGGCUGUCGGUCAAUCUGAGUGCAGGGUUAUGGGAAGAAUUUGGCGUGGCGCCGAGUCUGUAGACUACCGGUGGUACCGUGUUUCGGGAAACACAGAUGAUGAAUUCACCCUUGUGCAGCUUUUCUGCCUCAAGGUGGCAGAU